AUGGACUCGUCAGACUAUUUCCCACCCGUCCGGGAAGACCGAGAUGCUUCAGGACCGCAGAUUGAGGACUCCGACACCGAUAUGGCCGCCUCUGCCACUGCUACCGCCUCCUCUUCGCGAUCCACCAUAUACACAUCACCACACCCGCGCAAGCCCGGCCGCAUGUCUCGAUCGGGAGCACCACGUCCCUUAAUCACACCUAAUAGUCCCCUGAGCUCGACCAUACCGCACAAUCUCCUGCCUUCAGCGCCUGCUUCACCGCCUACACCGGCGCCGAGUCCUACGCCGACCCAGCGAGUCCCCGACUGGAGCACUGCAGCCGAACACGAAGAUGGCGACAUCAAGAGCAUACGAGCGCAGUUUGGCGAUAUGAAUAGGGCGGAGCGAAUGCGAUUGCUGGGAGAGCUGCUGAAUCUAUGCGACAGUCAGGAGUUGAGCUUUGUGGCUGAGUUUGUCAGUCCCAGGUUAAAAAAGGACCCCUUCAUGGUCCUCCCGACCGAACUAUGCUUGAGGAUUCUCGAAUGCGUGGACGACCCCACUACCCUCGCUCGGGCGUCGCAAGUAUCCAAGAAGUGGCGCGAACUCGUCAACGAUGACAGUGCCUGGCGGUUGCUGUGUCAGAAGUACUCUUUCAGGGCGCUGUCGAGAGAAGAAAGGAUCGAAGAGGAUGACGCAAACGAUGAGAUGGAGGACACCGACUCCAAGUCGUGGUGGCGGGACGACGAGCGCGCACCCAGGAUAGAGGAUGUUACUGAAAGAGAACACCUUGAAGUUGGCCCGUCAAAUGCCGGCGCUGAGGGUCUCCGGACACAGAGUCUCGAUCGAGCCGCGAAGAGGAAGCCAUCACAACGGAAACAGCAGGCUACCACAUACCGAUCGCAUUUCAAGCAGAGAUACAUGGUUGAGACGGCGUGGCGGAAUGGAGGAGUAUGCGAUGCGCGACAAAUCACCCCGGAUCAGGGUGUAGUCACCAGCCUACACCUUACCAACAAGUACAUCGUGGUUGCACUCGACAAUGCGAAGAUCCAUGUCUUCGACACGGUCGGCGACCAUCAGAAGACGCUGCAGGGACACGUCAUGGGCGUGUGGGCCAUGGUGCCUUGGGGUGAUCUUCUAGUCAGUGGUGGAUGCGAUCGCGACGUGCGUGUAUGGAAUCUUGCGACUGGCUUUCCCCAGUUCACCCUCCGCGGCCACACUUCGACAGUGCGAUGUUUGAAGAUGUCCGACGCGAAUACGGCUAUAUCCGGCUCACGAGAUACCACACUACGCAUCUGGGACCUCAAGAAGGGCUUAUGCAAGCAUGUACUCAUAGGUCACCAAGCUAGCGUUCGAUGCCUCGAAAUACACGGCGACAUCGUUGUUUCAGGCAGCUACGACACCACAGCGAAGAUCUGGAGCAUAUCCGAGGGCAAGUGUCUGCGCACACUUACUGGCCACUUUAGUCAAAUCUAUGCGAUCGCCUUCGACGGAAAGAAGAUUGCGACAGGCAGUCUGGAUACCAGCGUCCGGAUAUGGGACCCCAACGAUGGCAAAUGUCUGGCUGUGCUACAAGGCCACACCUCCCUCGUCGGACAGCUUCAAAUGCGUGACGAUAUCCUUGUGACUGGUGGAUCAGACGGCUCGGUCCGCGUGUGGAGCCUCGCGACAUACCAAGCGAUUCACCGAUUGGCUGCUCACGACAACAGCGUUACGAGUCUACAGUUUGAUAACACCAGGAUAGUCAGCGGUGGCAGUGAUGGUCGUGUCAAGGUUUGGGAUCUCAAAACUGGUGUCCCCGUACGAGAGUUGAGCAGCCCUGCCGAGGCUGUUUGGAGAGUCGUAUUCGAGGAAGAGAAGGCUGUCAUCAUGGCCAGCCGGGGCGGUCGCACCAUUAUGGAGGUGUGGGACUUUUCACCACCUGCCGAAGAGGACUUCGACUCGCGAUCCUCUACCCCAGCGAGCAUGCCCGAUCAUCUUGACGUCGAAUACAACCGACCGCGAUCAGCCAUCCUUCCUGCAACAUCACCACUGGUCCAAGAUACUGGUGCUGCUGAUGUAACCAUGGCAGACGCAAGCGAUUCAUAA